AGCCAACCUUUUGGCCGCUAUUGAACGAGCCGCGCAAUGAUGAAUAAGUGCGACAUUUUCGGGGCAUCAAUUUUAUGACAAGGGUGUCAUUUGAGUUUUGUGCGCGCCAGUGCGUCUUGUGGAAAGGAAGGCGCACGAGACCAUUGACAAACUGCCUACUCUCAUUCUCGCCACGUCGCCCACGUUCGAGUCCCCCCUCCCUCCAGCUCUUACAGAAGGCUACUUGUGUGUGGAACAUGUGACCAAGUGAGAGAGAGGGGCAUGCGGGAGAAGCGGAGUCAUCCGCGCUUCGCUGUCAUCUGCAGCCGUCUUUUGUGCACACAUUCUCCGGCUGCUGCGCCUCCAUCCCUUCUUGCGGAGCAAGUCAAGUGGAAUUUUGCCCUUCUCAUUCGGAGAGCGUCCGCCUAGUCGGAUUCCACCACAUCUGUGGGUCGCUUUCCUGCGGAAGCGCAUCUCCGUCGUCUUUGCGCUCGAUCGUGUCUGUCCCUCUCCCUUCUCCGCUUUGCUCUGCUCUUGACUAUGUCGCCUGGCGGAUGAUAUCAUUUUGUAAAGUCAUUAUAGAAAGGUCAACGCUCUUGCUUCGAGGAACUGUGAAGAAGGCGACUUUCUCCAAGCGGCCGGCGGUUUUCUCAAAGUUUCUCGCUGGUGUAUAACCGCGCGACGGAUUAGUCGGAGACACCAGCGUGCGUGAUUGUCUUUACCCCGUCGGAUCUCUAAGUGCUUGCCAGUCAUAUUUUGGAGGUUUUUUUUCGCACCACUGAACCAAGGUCGAGUGAAAUGAGUUGAGAGGCGACGACAUUCAUCUGCAUAAUAUCAUGGGAAGAAUAAAGUUUACCUGAUUACUCCAACCUGCGGUGCUUCGGGGUCUUGAGGUGAUGCGGGACUUUUUGCCAGAGCAGUGGAGGAGCCAGCUUGCAAAAAGAGAGCGUGGCCAUUAAUGACCCCCCGCCGACCGCCGUCUCCUCCUCCGCAGCCAGCAGCAGCAGCCGCCGCCUCGACCCUCCGCAGCUCCUUUCAUCUCUGAUGGCUCGAUGGCCCAUCUUCAGCCUCGGCCUCCUCAGCUGGCUAUGUUUAGGCUCCGCGCGAGCGGCGGCAACAGCUCCGCUGCCAAACGACAAGCCCGGCGGCCCCUUAGACUGGCUGCUGUCUGACAAGGGGCCCUUCCACCACUCCCCGGAGUACAUCGACUUUGUGGAGAAGAACAGGCAAGGCUUCUCCACCAGAUACAAGAUAUACAGGGAGUUUGGGAGAUGGAAGGUGAACAAUUUGGCAUCGGAAAGAAGAGAUGUCUCACAGUCUCCAUUACCUUUGACAUCCGAGUUCAUCAGGAAUAUUCGACUCCUCGGCCGCAGGCCCAGCGUGCAGACCAUCACAGAUAACCUGAUCAAGAAAUACGGGACCCACUUCCUGCUGUCUGCCACACUUGGAGGAGAAGAAGCCCUAACGAUAUUUGUCGACAAGCGAAAACUCAGCAAGAAGGCCGAAGUGAGCGAUUACUCGAGUAAUUCGUCCAGCGUGACUCUGGAAGCGCUGCACCAGCUGGCCGCCUCCUACUUCAUCGACAGGGAAAGCACUCUGCGCAAGCUGCACCACAUCCAGAUCGCCUCUACCGCCAUCAAGGUGACGGAAACUCGCACUGGUCCCCUUGGAUGCAGUAACUAUGACAACCUUGACUCUGUUAGCUCAGUGCUGGUUCAGAGCCCUGAAAACAAGGUCCAGCUGCAAGGUUUGCAGACGGUUCUACCCGACUACUUGAGGGAAGAUUUUGUGCAAGCUGCUCUCAGCUACAUCGCCUGCAACGGGGAAGGCCGCUUUGUCUGCAAGGAUAACGACUGCUGGUGUAGUUGUGAUGCCAAGUUCCCACAAUGCAACUGUCCCUACACCGACAUCCAAGCCAUGGAGGAGAGUCUGGAGAGAAUCACCCAGACGUGGGCGCAGCUUUACAAAGAUUUUGAAGAAUCAGAUGAAUUCAAAGGCUUCCACGCAAGGCUGCCUCAAAAGCAUUUCCUGAACAUCUCCACCAUCCAACACUUGUGGUCACUCGACACCGUGUUCCACGGCCGAUAUGAGCUGUUGGAGAACAGCAUGCGCGUGAUUGCCAAGCGUGCAGAGAGAGUCAUCUUUAAGCUCUUCAGUUUGAGUAAAAGAUGUCACCGACAGCCGCAAGUUCGAGUGCCAAGAGAGAGGUCUCAGGCCUACUGGCUGAGUCAUUUCCAGUCUCUCUUGUAUUGUUCCGAGAACAACCAGCUCGGCGCCUUCUCCGAGGAGCUCCACAGCUGCAGCUGUCGAUAUGAACACGUCCCCUGUCACCUCCCCCCACCCUGUGCCGUCGGCGAAGGCUCCGCUUGUGCCGAGUGUGCGCCAGACAACCACACCCGCUGCGGAGGCUGCAACCAAGGCUUUACCCUCCUACAGGGGCUUUGUAAGCCCAUGGUGGCAGAUUCCACAGAAAACUACUUGGGCUUCGAGACGGACCUCCAAGAUUUGGAACUGGGCUACCUUCUGCAGAGAUCGGACCGUAGGCUCGAGGUUCACGCAAUUUUCAUCAGCAACGACAUGCGUCUUAAUAGCUGGUUUGACCCGUCCUGGAGAAAGCGUAUGCUGCUGACUCUGAAAAGUAACAAGUAUAAAUCCAACAUGGUGCACAUGCUGCUGGGAAUCUCCCUUCAGGUUUGCCUUACCAAGAACAGCACACUGGAGCCCGUGCUCACCCUCUACAUUAACCCCUUUGGAGGGAGCCAUUCCGAGAGCUGGUACAUUCCCGUCAACGAGAACGGUUUUCCUGACUGGCAGGCUACAAAGUUGGACCUGCCCUUUGACUGUUACAAUUGGACUCUGACCCUCGGGAACAAGUGGAAGACGUUCUUCGAAACCAUCCACGUGUACCUGCGGAGCCGGAUAACCGCACCAAACGGCGCCAAUGACAGCGUCUACUACGAACCGUUGGAGGUGACGGAUCCUGGACGCAAUCUGGGCUACAUGAAAAUCAACAGCAUCCAGGUCUUUGGUUACAGUAUGCACUUUGACCCGGAGGCUAUCCGUGACUUGAUUCUGCAACUGGACUAUCCGUACACGCAAGGUUCCCAGGACACGGCCAUGCUACAGCUCUUGGAAAUACGUGACCGGGUCAACCGGUUGUCGCCACAGGGUCAACCCAGAUUGGACCUGUUUGCCUGCCUCCUCCGACACCGACUGAAACUGACUCCCGGCGAGGUAGCUCGCAUUCAUGCCUCCUUGCAGGACUUUGGCUCCCGUCUGCCCAAUUCCGUGGAGUACGAAAGCAUUAAGCUUUGCAGUUAACGGCUACUGGAAGCACGCUCUGAACGCUCACGUGAAUAUAAAAGUGACUUUCUCGGACACACCUUUGUGGUGUCUUUGUUUACUUGUGUUCCGUCUUUGAACAAUGUAGUGUGUUUCAUCAUGAGUGGACCAACUGAGGGCAGCUGCAGAAUGGACUCUGUAAACCACACUUGGAGACUCUCAAAUGAUGGUGGAAGUGGAAGUACAAGUACGGCAUACUGCGCUAGAAAUUCUGAUAACAGAAAUCCUCGGCAAACUGAAACAUUGUUGAGAAGACUGCUCAAAGCACCAAACCUAUCGAAUAAGCAAAAUGGAUUGAUGGUAAAAUGUUAGUCUGUUGGUUUGUAAUUUUUUGAUACGUCCCUUUGCUUCAGUAACAGUGCACUUGCCAUCAACCUCAGAAUGCAGAGGUGUCAACAUUUUGUAGAUAAAUUGAUAUUAAAACACACGUAACGGA